UUUUUUUUCAAAAUUUAUACCAUUAACGAAAUUUGUACGCACUUGCACUCAUCAACAUCAUUCUUGGAUGUAUAUUUUUUCGUGUGGGUUUUUAAAAAUUUUUAGUCUAUCGAAAUUCACUGUAACGAUUUAUUAAAAGCCAAUGAUGAAUUUUAAAAGUUUUGUUUAUAUUUUUAUAUUAAUAGUUGUGUUAUCAAGUGCUGAUGGUUCCAAAAAGUCGACAGAACAUCCUAAUCCCUGUGAAAAUAAUAAUAAUUCAACUAAUAAGCCUAUUAAUGAUAUCGAUAUAUUGGUAUUAAGUCAAAAAUGGUCUCCAACAAUUUGUUAUCAGUUGCAAAAACGUUAUAAAAAUUAUACAAGUAAUUUGUGCAAUGAAAAAAAAUGGCUCAUUAGCGGACUAAAGCCUUCAUUGCAGCAUUACCCAGGCCCGGCAUUUUGUAAUUGCUCAAUGGAAUUUGAUCUACUAAAAUUAUCACCAAUCAUGAAAGAUUUGGAGACCAAAUGGAUCGACAGUCUUGUUAAUAGUCACCGUAAUCAUUCUUAUUUGAGCCAUCAAUGGACGAAAUAUGGUACAUGUGGGACGGCAAUUAAUGAAAUAAACAACCAAUUUAAUUACUUUAAUAAAUCUCUUGAGCUGUUUGAUAAAUUUAAUAUAGAACGCAUACUUUCUAAUAAUACCAUUAAUCCGGGGCAUAGCUAUCGUAAAAAAUCAUUUGGAGCUGCAUUUUUCAAAAAUUUCAAUAACAAAGUUCAACUAACGUGUAUUGUAAAUCACGAUACAGAAGAAUUUUAUUUGUCUGGAAUUGAAUUAUGUUUUGACAAACAAUUCAAUCUUGUUCAUUGUGUUGGAAGCGGUAUAAACCGACAAACGGAUAAAUGUCCAUCAAAGAAGCGCCCAAUUGUUUAUCUAGACAGUAUUUUAAAGCAAGCAAACUAAGAUUUUAAAAAAAUGUAUUAUUCAAUAAAAGAUAGGGGAGGGAGGGGGAAAAUGGAGUUCUUAAGAAAGUAUUAAGUUCGAGGACUCAAAUACGUUAAUUAAUUUUUUUUUAUGAUAUUCAAAGUAAACAGAAAAAUUUUUUAUUUUUGCGGUCAAAAUGGAGUACUACGAAAAA